UGCGAAGAGUAUAAAAGACUAAGUGAUGUUAUGAACGAGAGGUUAACUUAGUCCCUUAGACACCGACGAGUUACUUCCCUUGGCGAGCGUAACCUCCCUUCCUCCGUCUUACACUCUGUUAUCCACAACCACUCCCACUAUCAUCAUUACCAUCAUCAACAACAACAACAGUAGCGGUAGUAAAGAUGGCUUCUUACAGACAUGUAGCUGGACGUUGGUGUCUCAAACAUAUCUGUAAUAACAGUAGUAGUAAUAAUAUUUCCUUAAAACAACUUUGUCAAGUAGUAAUCAACCGUCAUUUACCGUCUGCUCGUCUUUCUAACUAUCAAUUUACAUCAAGUCGAUGGUUCACUACGCUAAAUGUAGCUCUCUACACAGAGGUCUCGUCACGGCAAGAAAAACUGAAGAAAUCUUUAAUACCAACGACACAUGUGCGACUUAUUCAUUCAAGCCAGACUCGCAACAAACAGGAUUAUUACAAUGUCUUAGGAGUUUCCAAAAAUGCUGACCAAAAGGAAAUAAAACAAGCUUAUUAUCGGUUGGCCAAGAAAUAUCAUCCAGAUGUCAACAAGAACGAUCCUACCGCUGCUAAGAAAUUUCAAGAAGUCUCCGAAGCCUAUGAGGUUAUCGGAGAUGUUGAAAAAAGGAAACAGUAUGACUUGUUUGGAAUGUCUGGACAGAGUGGUUUUGGUGGCAGUCAAAGAUCACAUGGAUUCGGUAGUACGCAAUCAGGUUUUGAGAAUUUCCAAAGUACAAUCAACCCUGAAGAACUGUUCAGAAAAAUAUUUGGUGAUGCUGGCUUUAAAAUGUCUGGCUUUGGUAAUUUUCAAGAUUUUGAAGAAUCAAAAUUCGGUUUUGCACCAGCUUCCGAGUUUUACAUGAAUAUAUCAUUUGAAGAGGCUGCACGCGGCAUCAACAAAGACAUCAGUGUCAAUGUGAAAGACUUAUGUCCAAAGUGUGGUGGUAAGAAGGCAGAACCUGGCACCAAACCUGUCAGGUGCCAUUUCUGUAACGGAACUGGAGUGGAAACGGUUAGCACUGGACCAUUUGUAAUGCAGACUACCUGUCGGAAGUGUCAUGGUACAAAGGUCCUUAUCAGCCAUCCUUGUACAGAAUGUGGGGGCAAAGGUCAGAUGAUUCUACGGAAAAAGCUCACAGUUCCUGUACCUGCGGGUGUGGAAGAUGGUCAAACGGUGCGGAUGUCAGUUGGGACUCAGGAAAUUUUCAUUACAUUUAAGGUUUCCAAAAGUAAACAGUUUUGGCGUGAUGGUGCUGAUAUUCACAGUAAUGUUCACAUCAGUUUAUCACAGGCAGUUCUAGGUGGUUCCAAGAAGAUCGCAGGAAUUUAUGAGAAACUCUCGCUGAAAAUCCCAGCAGGAACACAGUCGCAUGAUUAUAUUAGACUACCAAGGAAAGGAAUAUCAAGAGUGAACAGUUCAGGCUUUGGUGAUCAUAUUGUGCAUAUACAUAUUUCUAUACCUAAAUCGUUAACUCAAUCACAAAAGUCUCUCUUACUUGCCUACGCUGAAAAUGAAAAAGGUGUUGAUGGUACCAUUGAUGAAGUAGUGAAAACUACCUCUGAUAAGAAGGAAAACACAGAAAAUAUAUCAGGAAAGGGAUCAGCCCCUAAAUCUAGUCCCUCAUCUAAUGAUGACGAUCAUGAUCAUGAUAAUGGUUUUCUAGGCAAAUUGAAACGUAAAAUAUUUGGUUAACUAGAUGUUACCUAGCCUGACCUCCAAUACCCGGGGUCCCGAUCAAUGUACGACGACGAUGGUCUGGUUAGCCGCAUUAGAGAGGUUCUCAGCAACUCGCAUGAUGACGAUAGUGAACCUAUGAACAAGAAAGAUGCUGUAUGAAGAAGUGGAGGAAGAUAAUAAUGAAGAUAACUAUUAUUUAAAGACAAUAAUUUCAUUUUUUAAAUAAAAUAGAAAAAAAACAACCCAAAACAAACUCUCCAAAAUAUCUUGUGCCCUAUUAAUUAGUAUUUUGUCCGAGGCACCGAGAAGGAGGAGCAGUUGGUGGAGAUGGAGUCAAGCAAGAGAUGACAGUAAGGGAGCUGUACUAAUAUUGUUAUGUUAAUAAAACACCAGACAACAUUAAAAUGUCUUGUCUUGAAAGGUGAAAAUGUGA